GCGGAAAGGGGUCGUCGUCGGCGUGACGUUCCGCGUUUCAUCGCGAGAUUCCACGAGUGUGCGCUGUCGAGACAGCCGAGACAGCCGCGGGCGAAAGAGUACCGCGUAUGUCGUUAUUUUCCAAGUAAUCGUGUUGCCUUUUUUUUUUAACUGUGUCUUCCCCGACAUUGAUCGUUAUUCGAAUCGCGUGGGUGGAACACCCGAGAAACAGAAAGCUACGGGGUGAAAGUGACCGGGUAGAAAGUGCAGAGACGAGGACCUGUCGUCCUGUCAGCUCUCGCAUCGUACUUCCGGUAUCUGGUAGGUACCGGUUCCGGUGGACGGCCAAGCGAGAAGCUGGUGCCGACUCGAAUUUUGCGGUUGCUCGUCGAUCCGGAUAUACCAUCUACGAUCGUCCUGCCCGCUUAAAACGAGCGGCUUGUUUUUUCUACCGGGCUGGCUUGCAGGGGUGGAAGGUUGGUUGAUCGUACGUACACACGGGGAGUGUCGCAGGUGCGGGAGAAAGUCGGGGGUGCCGUACGCGAGGAGGGGUGUCCUCGCGCAACUCCCGCGCAACGUCCGGAGCACCGGAGUCCUGGGGAGGUGCCGUGGUAUUCUCCUCUGUGUGUGUGUGUAUACGGGACGCAUUAGCACCUGGCCAUCGAUAGCUUGGCGUCAACACUGAUGCUCUAGUAAAGGUACUGGAGUUCUAAGAGAGAAAGAGAGAGAGAGAGAGAGAGAGAGAGAGAGAGCAAGAGAGAACGGGACAAAUCAAGCAAGAUGUGGCGAGUCAUCGUCUUCCUACUGGCAGCCACUUCCGUCACCUACGCCAAGGUGGCCGUGUUGCCGCACGACGUUUAUCCCGGUUACGAGGUGACGCAAUUCCGGGGCGACGCGAGUCGCCCGUCCAACUUUCGCCUCCUAGAGACCGGCUUCUCCAAAUACUUCACCGUACUAUGCAACGGCCUGGUGAUGACAACGUCGGAUCUAACGCCGCUGGUGGACCGUCCGGUCAACCUGAUCGUCUUGGAGGAAUUGGCUAACGGCACGCAGACCCAUGACCUUCACCUUUACGUCAUCAAUCGUCGGAACAUGCUGACCUUCUCGCACGAUUACCUCGGCGAGGGUGAAGUACCGGAGAACUCGCCGGCCGGCACGCGAAUAGACGGAUUUCCGGUUCUGCGGGCGCGCGGUAACUUCCCGGUUCAUUACAAGAUUCUACCGGACGAUAACGGGGAGCGUCCGUUCGCCCUUCGCGAGAACGAGUCCAACGAGACCGGCUUCAAUCUCACCCUGAAGAGCCAGAUGCAGGGCGUGCGGAUAGUGACGGCGAAACCAUUGGAUCGUGAAGUACGCAGUCUCUACACCGUCGUCAUACACGCGUCGGACGGUAACUUUCUCAGCACGUCGAAGAUCAGAGGUAUCGUCCACGUGCUCGAUGAGAACGACAACAGUCCAAUCUUCGAUUAUGAAAGCUACUUGUUCGAUAUCAGGCCGACUGAUAUCAAGGGUAACGUGCCCUCGCUGCCCGGCAGCUGGAAGAGGUUCUCCACUAUCGGCAAGGUCACGGCCAAAGACGCUGACGGGGACAAGGUCGCGUAUAAACAAAUCACUCCUAGCAGUCUAGUAAUCGUUGUGCCGCAAACAGGCGAGCUGCUGCUGACCGGUGAGCCGGAAGUCAACCCGGAUCAGGACACCGUGUGCGAGCUACUGGUCGAGGCGCAUGAUCUACGAACACCGAGUAGGAGCGCCGAGAAACCGGUCUCUGUCAUGGUGAAAUUCCGCACCACGAAGCCGGACGUACAGCCAGAGGCGCACCGGAUACAAAAGAGAAGAGUCACCCGUGCGGUGCGACCGACGAAGAAGGUCGAUUUUACGGAGGCGGACGGCAAUAUCGAGGGCAAAAUCGCGUUUUAUCUUGAGAAGGAGAACGAGAAAGAGACUUAUAAGAUAAGAGACGAGAAUAAGUGGGUCACCGUAGGCGCCAAUGGUUCUGUCAUGGUGAAGCAGAAGUGGGACUAUGAGGAGCUGGGUCCAGAGAAGACUAUUGAUUUCUGGGUUACUAUCACAAACACAGGUACAGAGCCAUGCGCGCGAUAUCCACCUGGCGUCCCAUGCCCGUUUUACGAUGAUACCGACAAUCAGCGCGUCAUCAUCAACAUGAAGGAUGUCAAUGACGAGCCUCCGUAUUUCAUUAAUCGGCCUCUACCGAUGCAAACGGUCGUCCAGUUGAACGCACCGCCGAACACUCACGUGUUUACCCUUCAAGCCAGGGAUCCCGACACCGAUCAUAACAUCCAUUACUUCAUCGUGCGAGAUCGAACUGGUGGCCGCUUUGAGGUCGACGAGAGAUCGGGGGUAGUACGUACUCGUGGUACAGACCUCUUCCAGCUGGAUAUGGAGUACGUCCUCUACGUGAAAGCCGAGGAUCAGAACGGUCGUAUCGACGAGAGGCGUUUCCAGUCGACUCCUGAGGAGAGACUAUCGAUCGUCGGUGGAAAACGCGCACCGCAGUUCUAUAUGACGGCGUACGAGGCCGAGAUACCGGAAAACCAAAAGAAAGAUUCCGACAUAAUAUCGGUGAAAGCCAAGUCGUUCGCCGAUCGGGAGAUACGCUACACGCUGAAGGCGCAAGGUCAAGGGGCCGCGGGUACUUUCAACAUCGGGCCGACUUCUGGGAUCGUGAAACUUGCGAAAGAACUGGAUUUCGAGGAUCUGCGACAGCCCCACAUUUAUUCUCUCAUAGUGACAGCUACCGAGGACUCUGGUGGUUUCUCGACAUCGGUCGAGCUAACGAUUCGAGUGUCCGACGUGAACGAUAACGCUCCCAAGUUUGAACUGCCGGAUUAUCAAGCUCACAAUGUCGACGAAGAUAUCCCGCUGGGAACGAAUAUAUUGAAAGUCAAGGCGACCGACGCUGAUUCCGGGGCAAACGCGGAAAUAGAAUAUUUAGUAUCCGACGAUCAUUUCAGCGUGGACUCCAAUGGCAUUAUCGUUAAUAAUAAGCAGCUCGAUGCGGACAACAAUAAUGCUUAUUACGAAUUCAUCGUUACCGCCAAGGACAAGGGAGAACCGUCGAAAACCGGCACGGCGACAGUGCGGAUAUACACGAAGAACAAAAACGACGAGGAACCGAAAUUCUCCCAGCAAGUUUACACGCCUAACGUCGACGAGAACGCCGGACCGAACACCCUGGUGACUACCGUCGUGGCGUCCGAUAAAGACGGCGAUAACGUGCGAUUCCGAUUCGUCGGCGGCAACACCACGUCGGGGCAAUUCGUGAUCGAAGAGAUUACGGGCGUGAUUCGUCUUCACGGCAAGGAGAUCUCUCUGGAUCGCGACAAGUACGAGCUAAACGUCACCGCGUUGGACGACGGCGCGUGUUGUCCGAACGGCGAUCAGACUAUCCACACCAGCACCGCCGUCGUCGUGGUCUUUAUAACCGACGUGAACGACAACAAACCCGUGUUCAAAGAUUGCGGGAUGUAUUAUCCGAAAGUGGAAGAAGGCGCGCCGAACGGCAGCACUGUCAUCAAGGUACAGGCUACUGACGAGGACAAGGGUGUCAACGGGCAAGUCAAGUACUCCAUCGUCCAGCAGCCCAAUCAAAAGGGCACCAAGUUCACCGUUGACGAAGAGACUGGGCAAGUCUUGACCAACAAGGUUUUCGAUCGUGAAGGCGACGACGGGAAAUUUGUAUCUGUCACUGUUAAGGCAACAGAUCAGGGUGAACCGUCGUUAGAAGGUGUUUGCUCAUUUACCGUCGAAAUAACAGACGUCAAUGACAACCCGCCGUUGUUCGACCGACAGAGAUAUGUGGAGAACGUAAAACAGGACGCGAGCAUUGGAACAAAUAUAUUGAGAGUGUCGGCAUCCGACGAGGAUGCUGACAACAAUGGCGCGAUCGUAUACUCGCUCAGCUCACCCAACAACGAGCAAAAUCUGGAGUACUUUGAGAUCCAACCAGAAUCUGGUUGGAUCGUAUUAAAGAAGCCCCUAGACGAGCAGGUGGGAACGACAUUUUUUGAGCCCCACGUACGGUGUACUUCAACCUCUACGCAUUUUGUGGUGCAUCAGACAUAAACAAUUUUUGACAAUGCUUGCAUAUUUUAUAUGAAUGUGUUUUUGAUUCCUUUACAGGAACGGAUCUCGCUCUCGCUCCUACAUCCGUCCUUGCCCUAUCUUUCUCUCUCUUACUCUCUCUUUAUCUCUCUCUCUCUCUCUCUCUCUCUCUCUAUCUCUCUUUCGAUC